GGGCACUUCUACCCCCUUCCUGCCUACAGGACACUUCUACCCCCUUCCUGCCUACAGGGCACUUCUACCCCCUUCCUGCCUACAGGACACUUCUACCCCCUUCCUGCCUACAGGGCACUUCUACCCCCUUCCUGCCUACCGGGCACUUCUACCCCCUUCCUGCCUACAGGGCACUUCUACCCCCUUCCUGCCUACCGGGCACUUCUACCCCCUUCCUGCCCACCGGGCACUUCUACCCCCUUCCUGCCUACCGGGCACUUCUACCCCCUUCCUGCCCACCGGGACACUUCUACCCCCUUCCUGCCUACUGGCCACUUCUACCCCCUUCCUGCCUACCGGGCACUUCUACCCCCUUCCUGCCUACAGGACACUUCUACCCCCUUCCUGCCUACAGGGCACUUCUACCCCCUUCCUGCCUACAGGGUACUUCUACCCCCUUCCUGCCUACAGGGUACUUCUACCCCCUUCCUGCCUACCGGACACUUCUACCCCCUUCCUGCCUACCGGGCA